GCAAGGAGCAUCAUUCGAAGAAUCAGUUCUUUAGAUCUCAUACAACAUGAAGGUCAUCGUUGCUAUUAUUUUCGCCAUCGGCUCCGUAUCAGCUUUGGGCUCUGGACCCUACCUACCUAGUGGAUGGAGGCCUUCUGGUCCCAGCUUCUAUCUACCUUCGGAAGUCGCGAAGCCAUCAGAAGGUCCAGUGAAGGAAAACCUUCUCCAAGAAACCGAGGCCUCCGCUUCAGAUGCUCUCAGGGAAUAUGGACCCCCGAAAGUCGAAGCCGUGGUCCAGUACAGCGUGAACCAAGGUCUUCCUGAUGAGGCUACCCAACAGACCUUCUUUGUACAAUCUCUGGCUACCCAGGAACUGCAGGCAGGAGCUGGUGAAACCGUUGCCGUCGAAGUUAACACAGAAUCUGCCGCCAUCGUAGAAGAAGUAGCAUCAACUGCUGAAGCUGUGGCCGAGAAAAUUGAACAAGCUGAAGUCAUUGCCGAAGUCCAGCCUACUUUGGAGGCUGUAGCUGAAGUUGUUGAGCAAACCGAAGCUGCCCAAGCUGUUGAAGCCACGGAAGCAGCUCUAGCUGAAAUUGUGGAACCAACUGCCGCUGUCCAAGAAGAGGUAGUAGCUGAGGAGGUUAUACCUACUGUGGUAGUCGACGAGGCUGUGCCCACCGCUGUUGUUGAACAAGUGGUUGUUGAGAAAGUUGCUGAAGGUGUUAACAACAUCGCUGAAGCUAUUGUCAAGCUUGAGACUGAGGCUAAAGCUGCUGAGGCUGUUGAAUCUGCUGUAGAAAUCAAGCAGGAGGUUUCAGGAUCCCUGCAACAGGCCCCUGAAGGUUUCCUCGAAUACGGACCCCCCGGCUUUAGGGAGUACGGACCCCCUAAAUCUGCCGCAGUUGAGGCCGCCCCCGAAAACAACGAAGUCAGGAGGAGGCGUUUCUCACCCAAAUUCAAGUCCCACAAGAAGCACUAAGCAUGAAUAAUCGACGAAAUACUUACUAGACCAAUGGCAGCCAGCAACAAUGGAUUUCGUGGACCACUUCUUAUUUAAAAAAGCAAAUUAAAAAAAUACUUUCGCUAUUAGAGUUUUUGACAGCUCUCCGCCAUCUAUGAUUUUAAAUUGGCGGGAAAUAAAAUUGUUCGAACAGCUUCAACUUGAUUUGAGGUUAUAAAUAAUAAAUCUGAGCUUUAAUAGCAAAAGACAUUAAAAUAAUAUGUUUAUGUAUGUAAAUAACAAUUAUAAAUGAUUGUUUUAGAUAUCUUCGGAUGUAAAAAAUAAUUGUAUGUGAUAACUAAUUAAAUAAAUGAGUCUUAAAUUAAUA